CUGCAAUGAACCCGGUGAAUGCCACCUCUCUGUUCAUCUCAGCGAGCCGACUGGUGCUGAGCUACGAGCCCGGGGACCCGCACGCUGCGGCCGAGAUCUGCAAGACUCUGCCCUUCUUCAGACAGGCCCUGGCCUGCUGUGCUUGUGGAAACUUGCUUGAAGACCCUAUAUCUCCAGUCAACUCAACUUGUCAACAUUACGUUUGCAAGCAGUGCAAAGGAAAGAAGAUGAUGAUGAAGCCCUCCUGCAGCUGGUGUAAGGACUAUGACCAGUUCGAGGAGAACAAGCAACUGGGCAUCUUGGUGAGCUGCUACAAGAAGCUGUGCGAGUACAUUACACACACGCCGCUGGCACAAGAUGUGUUAAACACUGUGGAGUGCUCAGCUGACAUUUUGGCAUUUCUUCCUGAGGAAUCUGUGGAAGAAUCUGCACCAGAAGAAGGUGGAAAAAUCUCGGCGCCCCCUUCACCUUUGUGCCCUUCUCAUUCCCCUUUACCUUGUAAUUCAGAACUGUCUACCGAACCUGAGGUCACAGUCUUUCCCAUUCCUCAGGAUGCACCGGAUCUUAAUAGUGACUGCACAGUUGCUAAUGGUUUGCCCAACUGCAAUGGGCUAUCGUCUGAAACUGAACUCUCUGUAAAUAUCCCUUCCCCCGAGAGCCCCGGCCCCAUUGACCUUUGUUGCACAGCUGUUGAUAUUAAAACGGAAGAUUUGCCAGGGAGCUUAGAGACAGUCUGUGACCCGGUUUCCACUAGUGAAUUAUGUGCAGCGGGACUUGAUAUAUGUGGCUACAAUGAUGAUCUCAAAAGCAGCGACCCUCUGCUCAUCAGCGUAGAGGAAGUCCUCCAGAGUCUAGAAACUGUUUCUGGGUCAGAAGUGACUGACUGCGACCUGCAGCACACUCUGGAUACAUCCAUGUCCAAUGGAACUUUCCUGGAUAUUUGCCCGCAGCCCCUUACACAUACUGUUCUGUUGUCUGACAGCCAUGCGCCUCCUCUUGGUGUCUCUUGUGCAACUGCAGCCCUAAAAAUGGUGAAAACAAAUCGCAAGAGGUCCCGUUCAGAGAGCGACAGUGAAAAAGUUCUGCCGCUUCCCAUCUCCAGCAUUAUUCUUGGGCCCCAAACUCCUUUUCUACUAACUCGGGAAAACAGAAACUUCUUGCAGCCCAUUGUUACUGUCCCCAAUGGGGGUAGCUCGUCUAAAAUCAGCAAGACUAUUCUCUUAUCGAAUAAAACUUUAAAGAAAAAUCCAGAGCACAUGCAUAAGAAAACUCAUCCGAAAUCCAAACCACCGUUGCUGAAGACAAAGGACAAGAUGGAGAAACUCCCCAGCAAUAAUGUUGUUCCUGGGAGCCCGACAAAAACUGUGUAUAAAAAGCCACCGGAGAAGAAAGGCUGCAAGUGUGGACGUGCUACUCAGAAUCCAAGUGUUCUUACCUGCCGAGGCCAGCGGUGUCCGUGCUAUUCUAAUCGCAAAGCUUGCCUGGACUGUAUUUGCCGUGGCUGCCAAAACUCUUACAUGGCAAAUGGGGAGAAAAAGUUAGAGGCGUUUGCCGUGCCAGAGAAGGCUUUAGAACAGACCCGGCUUACUUUGGGCAUUAACGUGACCAGCAUUGCCGUACGCAGUGCCAGCACAAGCGCCAGUGUCAUUAAUGUUGCGGGUUCUCCCGUAGCAACUUUUUUAGCUGCCAGUCCCCAUGACGACAAAAGCCUAGACGAAGCGAUAGACUUGAGAUUUGACUGUUAGUUGCGCAGACUGUUCCCUGGCUGUUCGAGGACAGGAGAAUGGUUGCAGUUUUAUGGCAGCUAUGGUUCUGUUUGGUUAACUUGCCAGAGCUUCUGCAUAUAGAUCACUUGUAUCAAGUGUGUUUAUUGCUAAGUUAUGUGUUCAUGUUUGUGAGUUUGGGUCUGGGUGGGAGGGAGGAGAUGAAAGGGGGCAAGAAACUGUAACCCUGAAGUCUGUCAAUUUUUCUAUUCAAUAUGACAAGAAGACUUGGAUUUUUUUUUUCCUGAUGCACCUGAUUUAUAGAAAAUGAUCUUUGGCAAGACAGAGCAACCACACAACAACCUCUUGUAUCCUGUCAUACAUUGUUUUAACCAUUGCCCGUCUUAGCCACAAGGAUGGAUUUUCUUAUCUGCUUGGUUAUGUCAUUUAGAAAGCAGAGGUUAAAUUCCACAGUAGUUUUGAUGAGACUGAUCCAUAUGAUACACAUUAGGGUUUAUUGACGUUUGGCAAUAUGUCCCCCCCCCUACCUUUUUGUAAGUCUAAUGAUAAAUCACAUCUUUGUCUAACGUACAUGCUGCAUUCCAAAGAAGUAACACUCAAAUCCAUGUUGUGUUCUUACGCUUCAGUCUUUACUGUCUUAGAUGAGUUCACACAAAGCAGUAUUUCAUGUCUGGUACCUAUUCUUUUGUAAACAGAUACUUCACAUAACUAUCGUUGGGCUCUGUCUAUACAUAUACUGGGUUGCAGUAUAGAUUACCAAUUGUUGAUAGCCGUGUCUGCCCAGAAUAGUAGUAACCAUGUCCCUGACACGGAUAGAGCUUGGGAUGUCACCAGCUUGUAUGUCUCACAUUUUUGCAAUUUAUCUUGGUUUAAUCAGAUUGAUUUUAGUUGAGGAAUAGAGACCUGGUCUGCAGUAGUCAACCUAUAUUUAUAGAAGGCUUGAAAAUGUGGGUUUACCUUCUUCCACCCCUAUUUAUAAAUGGGUAACUUGUUUCAUGUAAAUUUUAUGCAGUUCUCUAUAACACUCCAUGAAUUCUCCUCGUAAGAUCUGUAUGCAUGAGGCAAGUGUGGCGCAGCCUUUCCCCGAUUGGAAUUAGGGUUCUUUUCACUUAAACAUGUAGUCUCCAAACUGUGUCCCUCCACAUGUUACAAAACUAAAACUCCUAGCAUGCUGGGAGUUGUUUUGCAAUGUUUGGAGGGGCCACAGUUUGGAGACCUUUGAUGACUAAAACAAUGGCCACGUUCUGGUCUUAACUAGGGUUAAUAUGUUAAUUAUGCACUUCUCAAGACACAGACAUUAAAUGGAUAAAAACGUUGAUGUUUCAGGCGUAUGUGGUGACAGUCUGGUCCUUAUGAGAUUUUUAGCAUUAUUGAAUUAGCACCAGAUGUCUUAGAAUGUAUUCACACUGCAUUUGCAAUGUAUGUUGGCCGUAUAGAUUGGAUUUCCAAUGCACUUCUGAUGCUUGCCCCUUUUAUAGGCACACCCUUCUGUCUUCUAAGGACCUCCUGUAAGGUAUUUAUACAUUAGGUGAUUUCCCAGCCCAUUCAUCAAAUGCUUCAUUUAUUGUGAAUGCACCAUGUCUAGCGCAUAGUAAAACUGUACUGUAAAAUAGGUGUACUCUACAAUCCUCCGCCUCGGAGCCAAACUCUCCUCUAUUCGACCACGGGGGGGGGG